AUGUCAAGGCAGAUUUUCGGACCUUCUGCAGCGGCGCUUGCCUCUCUUUCUUCAGAGCAAAUUGCCUUUAUCCAAUCUCUUCCGAAGGCCGAACUACACGCUCAUUUGAAUGGAUGCAUUCCACUUUCCUGCCUCAAAGGGCUUGCCAGCACGUAUAUUGCAGAGCCGGGUACUGUUUCAUCGGCUGCAAUCGACGAUGGUAUCCAAAAGCUUCGCGAAGGCGUUAACUUGGAAACCAUUGGCGAUUUCUUCAGCUUAUUCACAGCGAUUUACGCAUUGACGUCCACUCGUGAAAACUUGGCUCGGGCUACACGUGCAGUUCUGGAAGACUUCCUGGAUGGAGCCGAUAGACAGUGCACAUAUCUUGAGUUACGAAGCACGCCGAGAUCAACUCCUCACCUGAGUCGCGCUCAAUAUGUAGAGACUGUCCUAGACGAGGUUGAGAAAUUUCCCGAGGAUGAGGUCGCUUAUAUUCUUUCUUUGGAUCGUAAAAUGCCCAUCAAUGUCGUUUCUGAGUGCAUAGACAUUGCCAUUGCCUCCAAAUUGGCAGGAAGACGUAUUGUUGCUAUAGAUUUGUGCGGUGAUCCUUUGGCCGGGGAUAUGAAUGCAUUCUCGGAAUUCAUAAAGAAGGCAAAAACCGCUGGCUUAGGCUUAACUCUUCAUGUAGCUGAAACAGAAUCCAAUACAGCAGAAGAAACAAUGCAGCUCCUCUCACUAAAACCAGAGCGACUAGGGCAUGCCACAUUCUUGGACGAGGAAGCGAAGAAAUUCGUAUUCGAUAACAAGAUUGCAAUAGAGAUUUGUUUGACAUCAAACAUUCUUUGCAAGACAGUAAAAAGCCCGGAGGAUCAUCAUCUGAACCACCACUUCAGCCUGAGCCAUCCUGUUGCAAUAUGCACGGAUGAUACGCUGCCCUUCCGUAACUCGCUCCUUGGAGAAUACGCAUUGCUCCUAGCCGAAAAACCAAUCGGCCUCGGUUUGAAGGAAGAAGAUGUCAGGACUAUCGCAAGGAUGAGUAUGGAUAGUAGAUUCAUUGUCUUGAACAAUCACUUAGUGAUGGGCUCUAUAAUACCUAUGCGAAGGACCCCAGGUGUGCACGUUGUAUAGGCAGCAUUAAUCAUUGCAUCACCGCUCGU